UGUUAAGCUACAUAAACGGCAGAGGCAGUUUGCUAGAAUCGUGUUACAAUAGGUACAUGUCAGCUUUAAGGCGGUAACAAAACUGCCCUGGGGUGGAAGAAUGAGGGGUGAUUUGUGUUUUACUAUCUCACAUUUGAACCUAUCACUAGAAAGGAGGUUUUAGAUAUUAGAGAAACAAUAAAUAAAUACAUCUUUACAUGCCAAUGCGGUGCGCACACCCUCAAAUGUGAGGUCGAAAGGUUACAAUAAUUGUUUGCCUAACGAGGGUUCGGUCGAAGCAUAAAUACCAGGCUGUUACUGUCGAUUACUGCAGAGGUUCAGCCGCAACCCUACUCAACACCUGCAAACCCUGCCAGUUAACAGGCUCAACAUUCAGUGAGUAUACGGCGUUGUGCAGAGAACGCGUGGAGAGGCAGCAGCUCAUUUAAUAGAUGGCGCAUGCCCUUCCUACAUUUUCUGCUUUUCCACUAUUUACGAAGAACAAUAAAUGUUAAUACAUUGCUGUAAAAUAUUUUCUUCUUCCUCGCUUCUUUGUAUUUGCCUCGUGGUUAAGCCAUUGAAUUAACACCAGCCGGAAGAAGGAAUGUAACAUUCUAUUGAGAAAAUUGCCAAAUGCAAACUUGAUUUAAACGUCUGAGAACUGAAAUGUUGCUUAUUAUCGAAAUCCAAUGAGGUGAAUCUUUCUGUCAACAAAUGCAUUCAUGUUGAUCCCUUUUUGUUUCCCGCAGUACUUAAACAUAUCCCCCAAGAGAUAGUUACGACGAUGUGCAAAGUUUGGAAAGUUUUUGGUACGCUCCUUGUCGCGAUACUGGGUUGUGCGCGCUGUCUUCCCCUGGAUGACGAGCCUCUGUGUACGGCGAGGGGCCGCGCCAAGUACAGCCUGGUCUUCACGGGCAAGUGGAGCCGCACUGCCUUCCCCAAACAAUAUCCGCUCUACCGGCCUCCGGCGCAGUGGUCCCCGCUCAUUGUGGUCACCCACAGCAGCGAUUACCACAUGUGGCGGCUGGGCGAAUAUGCCAGUAAUGGAGUGCGGGAGUUUGUGGAGAAAGGCGAGGCCUGGCCAUUGAUGAGAGAGGUUGAAGCAUCAGGCGAGAAAAUCCAAAGUGUCUAUGGAGUUUUCUCAGCACCAGCUGUCCCUAGUGGUGUGGAACAGACAUCAACUGAGUUUGAGGUGCAUGCCAGGCAUUCUCUUCUGUCCUUCAUUGCUCGCAUUGUGCCAAGUCCGGACUGGUUUGUAGGUAGUGACAGUCUGAAUUUGUGUGAAGGAGAUACUUGGAAGGAGCAAGUCCUCAUGGAUCUGUAUCCCCAUGAUGCUGGAACAGACAGUGGCUUCACUUUCUCAUCUCCAAAUUUUGCAACUAUUCCCCAAGAGACAAUCACUGAGCAUAAAUACAAUCUGCAGAUACUGGAAAUCCAGAGCAACACACAUAAAAUGCUGGAGGAACUCCCAGCAGGUCAGGCAGCAUCUGUGGAAAGGAAUAAACAGAUAACGUCAAGUUCACCAAGUCAUCCUGCAAACUCAUUCUUCUAUCCCAGACUGAAGCAACUGCCUGCAAUUGCAAGAGUAACACUGACUAGGCUGAAGGAUAGCCAGUUAAUUGGGAUUUCUACAGUUCAAUCCAAUCUUUUUCCCAUGGGAAACGAAAUAGAUGACUCUGUGUCAGAAACCCCACUGGAUUGUGAAGUUUCCACGUGGUCUUCCUGGGGCCUGUGCACGGGGAAAUGCACAGAGGUGGGGAUUAAGCACCGCACUCGCUACAUCAGGUUGAAACCAGCCAAUAAUGGUAACCCAUGCCCAGUGCUCGAGGAGGAGGAGCAAUGUGUUCUGCACAAUUGCGUGUAACAGCGCCACCCAGUGGUGACAACUUUUGUUGGAUUUUAAGGACUGAAUCUUACCAAAGAUGGGAUACUCAUGCAAUACCAAUGAACUCAGUUGUUAAUAAUCUAGGUUUUUAAAUGCCAGCUGCAUUGACAGUUAUUCCGUGUUAACACUAUUUUUAUUCUGUCAAGUUUGAAGUUUGCUGGUUGAAAAAUUCAGUUUCUCUCUACCUUGUUUAGCAUCAAUAAUCCAGAAAUUAGUGUAAGCCUUGAAUCAAAACUAUAGUCAUCGAUACAUAGUGGUAACUCAUCUCUUAAGCGAGCUCGUAGAUUAGAAUGCAGCUUUGAAAUCACUCCCAGCAUCUUGCAUUAUUUAUACUGUGCUCCAUUUCAAUUUACACAAAUCUUUAUGUUCUAUGCUGCUUUACGAUGUGGAUGGCAAAUGUGAUGCCGUCUAGAAUCUUCCUUUGUGAUAAUAUUUAUACAAGAAGAUCGAUGACUAUUUUAGUUUUAAUUUUAUAAUCUGAAUUUAAUUACCUGGCAAUGUGCAGUAGCUAAUUAAUAGUUCUAAGAUAAUAGCCAAAAGAAUUAUUUAAAAAUAGUGAUGUUGAUGUGCUUUUGCCCAUGUGUUCUUAUUUAAGAGUUGCCUUGUUCUAUAAAUUAACUAGAUGAGUGAUUGGGUCUUAAGAGAUUGCAAUCACUUUUCUUUGGCAAACAACAUCAUGUACUAUUUGAAGACCUUGAACAUUAACAAAUAGCAGUGCCCUUGAGAAAGCAUUUUGACAUUAACUACAAGCAUUUUGCCACACAUUUCAGUUCCCCUUUUACCCAGUUCUAUCUUUUGAGUGGAAGUCUAAUCAAAAUAUUACAAAUAAAUGGUGCAUUAAUUAAUGGAACUCUUUUAGCCCAGCUUUUCUCUUUAUAAAUAUCUACAUUGCUCAUCAAGGAAAUUAAUGUGUUUCAAUGUAAAGUUUAACAUACUGUUUUUAAUUAUUUUGCUAGUGAAGAAGUUGUCUCCUGAAAUGUUAGCACUAGUGUUAAUUAAAAUCAAAAGCCAAAAAAUACAAUAUGUGUAUAGAAAUAUAUAUAUAAAUAUAUCCUUGAUAUUAGAACAGUUUUUAUGUAUUUCUAUAGGUCUCUCAAACCAAUUAAUGUUCACUGGAAUUUACCAAUUAUCUAAUGUUCUGCUGGGGAUCCAAUAUUGACUAAAACAUAUAGAUUUAUGUGAUUGAUAUAUUGAUGCAAGACAUUUUGUGAUGUCAUGAAAAUGAUUGGAUUUCAGACAACUUCUUAGGAAAUUUGUACAGUAAACCAAUAAUUUUAACCAUUGUUUGUGGGAUAGAGUAGUAUGCAUGAUUCUUCAUGAAGAGAGAAAUCAAAUCUGUGGAAGAGUCAUUUGAAUAUACAGUAUAUAGCUUCAUUAACCAGCCAUAGAACAGAAAUGGUUAGGAUAUCAUCUCUGGGAUUUCCCAGAAUGUUUUCAUGUCGAUAAAUUGAGAGGCUCCUAGUGAGCACUCAUCCUUAUUGAUUUGUUAAGGUACUUAAGAGAAGUUCAACAUGGUGGUAUGACAUGUUGGUCAAUGUGGGUGUGGUCAGCACAUUUCUUUUUUUCUAAAUGAGACUAGUAAAACAACUAGAUUUGAUGAAAAUGUUAUAUUCUCUAUUCCAGAUUCUUCAAAUUGAACACGAUUUCUCAUACAGGUAUUCCAAUUACAAGUAAUAAUUUGCAUUAACAUAACUACUGUACUAUUCACAUCCCUGGUGAUUCUAGCUACUCCGAACUUGAGGGAAAGUUGGUGUCUUUGGUAUUAAAGUCCCACUUUGAAAUAGUAUCUCAAAUUAAUUAUGCAACACACAACAACAGAGUAUAAUGAAAAUUAUUUUAGUUGAGCAAAGUUUUUUUAAAUUGCUGGUACUGCUGAGUUAAGAACUUGUGGGGGCUUUCAAACUUGUAGGAUACAUGUGAAAAUAUACAGUUUAUAAAUCAAAGAACUGCAGAUGUUGUAAAUCUGAAAGAAAAGUAGAAAUGCUAGAAGCACUCAGCAGGCCGGACAGCAUUUGUGGAAGGAGAAACUGCUAAUAUUUUGGGUCCCUUCAUUAGAACCAGUCAUACUUCUGAUGAAAGGUUGCAACACAAGUCUUUGACUCAAGAGGUACUGCAGAUGCUGGAAAUCUAGAGCAAUACACACAAUGUGCUGGAGGUACUCAGGAAUAAACAGUCAACUAUGGGGCUGAGACUCUUCUUCACCUUCAUCAGGAGUCCUGAUGAAAGGUCUUGGCCCAAAAUGUCGACAGUUUAUUCCCAUCAAUAGAUGCUGUCUGAUCUGCUGAGCUCCUCCAGAACAUUGUGUGUAUUGCACAAGAAUUGACUGUUCUCCUCAAAACAAGAUUAUACAAUACUGUUUCACCAUUUUUCUAAUUUUUGUUUUCAAUAUCCAUGCUGCAUGAGUAUUAUGCCAAACACAAGCCAUGCUUAUGAUGACUGCUGGUCAAUAUUUCAAUUGUGUAUUCUUUCCUAACACAAAAUUUAUUUACAUAAAUUUACUUUAUGUAAAAUAUAUAUGAACAUCUUAUCUCCUCUUCUAAAUUGUGGAUCAAUGAAAUGUUGGGAUUGAAGUGUGGAAUGCAUUGGCAGAGCUUGGAUAUAUGGUACAUGAGCAGUAAUCUGCCUUUAUCUCUGGUAUGGAUAAUAUGCAGUGAAUAUUAGUUCAUUUUAUGUAAACUGUACUUCUGACUUAAUUCACCCAUAUAAUACCAGAGCACAACUGUGAGAGCAGGUUGUAUUAACAGUUUCAGUUUAGAAAGGAUAUAGGAUUGUUUUAAUUUGAUGGUACUUAAGUUGAUCAAGGAAGUUUAAUAGCAGUACUUAAAGCAAUCUAAGUGUUUAAUAACAAGAUGGAAGCUCUGCUAUCAGAGAAAAAAUAUCCUUGACCAUUAGACCAUUGAGAAUUUAAAUCAGGAAGGAUAUUUUCACACAAAGAACAGCUGAAAUUUGGAAAAUUCCAUCUAACAAUUGAGUCAAUUGAAAUGUUCAAAACUGAGAUUGAGUGCUUUGUUAAGUGUGGUGUUGAAGGAUACUGACAAAGCCAGGUACACUGGUGAAGCACAGGCCAAUGUGAUCUGACUGAAUGUGAAGUGCUCGAUGGCCUGCUCAUAUUCCUCUGUUCAGAUGUACUCUUAAAAUGCAUGAGUGGUACUGUGCUCGGAUUUGUAUUUCGUUAAAUGGAUGCACAAAAUCAAUUUGCACUUGCACUUAGGAUUCUUAAUUUUGAAUUUUUGCAUUGUGCAUAAUUUCAAUUCAAAAAGGACUACUAGAACAGAUAUUGCCACCAUUAGCUGAUAUCUUCUGCUUGUGUGCCACAGUCUGUACUUCCAAAAGGCCCUGUGUUUGCUGUUUUCCAAGUUCUUUAUUUCCACUGAACAUGUAUUUGUAUAUACUUGACUGCUUGUACAUUGUUGUAUUUAAUUCUAUAGUUGCAUAAGUGAAUAUCUUUUGUACUUGUUUGAAUCCAAUUAAAGAAUAAAUGUUUUGUCUGCUUGU